AUGUACGCCCUGCCACGCUCAUAUACGCACUCGGCAGUCUUCUGGAUCAAGCUAGCACUGGCAGGCGCCGUCGCGCUAGCUGCAGUGGCCGAGUUCGUGUUUAUAGUAUUGCGCAAGUCGCUCUCGCAUGGACUCAACGCGAUUGUGCUGGGGCAGCUGGCACAGAUCGUCGCGUACGCGGUGGCAGCCAAGCUGCACUACUACGAGCACACGCGCGCGCGGCGGUCGUCAGACCAGCUCUUGCUGUUCUGGCUGGCGUCCCUAGCAAUGUGGGUGUUGACGCUGCGCACCGACCGCAUUGCAGGGCGCCCGUCGCCCGAGAAGCAUCCGUGGGUGUGGAAUGCGCGCUACGCGUCGGCAGCAGCGGUCGCCGCGCUGUUCGGCGCCGAGCUGUGGCCGCGGCGGCUGCCCGAGUACGCGCUGCCGGCGGACUACGACGACAGCCGUGAGUCAGUGGCACGCUUUGGCAUGCGGGCGCCUGAGGAAGACGCCAACGUGUUCUCUCGGCUGACAUUUUCGUGGAUGUCGCCACUGCUGCGGCUAGGCCGCCGCAAGCAGAUCGGUGAGCGUGACCUGUGGGGCCUGCCCUGGCGGCUCGCACCAGCCAAUGUCGCUGAGCUGUUCGCCGAGCGCUGGCAGCACGAGCUGGACACCCACUCGACGCCAUCGCUGCUGCGCGCACUGUGGCUGACAGUCGGCCCACCCUUUGCGCUUGCCGGCGUGUUCAAGUUUGUGCAAGACGCGCUGCAGUUCUCGCAACCCGUGCUGCUGUCUCGGCUUAUUGGCUUCGUAGCCUCGCACGCGACUGAGGAUCCACAACCCGUGUCGCACGGCUACUUCUAUGCGUCCGCGAUGCUGGUGCUGCAGGUUGUACAAACACUGUUCUUGCACCAGUACUUCCAGCUGGGAAUGUCUACCGGCAUGAAGGCCAAAUCCUGCUUGACAACAGCGAUCUACAAGAAGGCGCUGCGCCUGUCCAACGAGACGCGCCAGCAGUACAGCACUGGUAGCAUCGCGACGCUGUUUUCCGUUGACGUUGAGCGCAUCGGCGGCGUCACCGACUACGCGCACAUCGCGUGGUCUGGCCCGCUUCAAAUUGUGCUGGCCACAUACCUGCUGUACACAACCCUUGGGUGGUCGGUCUUUGCUGGCAUCGUCAUCAUGGUCAUCGCUGUGCCGGUCAAUGGCUGGAUCACCAAGCGCAUGCGUGACCUGCAGAUAGCGCAGAUGAAGAACAAGGACAUGCGCAACACGCUGAUCGAUGAGGCACUGUCGGGAAUCAAGGUCAUUAAGCUAUAUGCCUGGGAGCGCUCGUUCUUGAAGAAGAUCCAAUACGUCCGCGAGUCGCUGGAGCUCGUCACGCUGAGCAAGUACGGCCGGAUGUUUGCAUGGAGCUCGGUUGCCAUGAUGGCUGUGCCCUUCCUGGUGUCGUUCGUGACUUUCCUCAUAUAUUCACUGUUUGACGGCGUGUCGCACGGCCCGCUGACUGCGCAGCUGGUCUUUGUGUCGCUGUCAUUGUUCAACCUUCUGCGCUUCCCGCUGACCAUGGUGCCCAUGAUAAUCUCGUCCAUCGUCGAUGCCAGCGUGGCAUUGGGCCGUAUAUACAAACUGCUCACCAGCGACGAGCUCGACGAUGAUAGCGUUGCUCGUCUUCACAGCACGCGCCAUCAGGCUGCCGGGCCGUCAGGCAGCGACAAGGAGGACGCUGUAAUUGUCAGCGACGCGUCGUUCCGCUGGGCCAAGCACGGACCGCUCAUCCUCGACAGCAUUGAUUUUAGCGCGAGGAGCAACGAGCACCUGGCGAUUAUUGGCAAGGUAGGCUCGGGCAAGUCCUCAAUGGUCUCAGCAAUUCUCGGCGACAUGAGGCGUGAGCAAGGCAGUGUCACAGUCUGUGGCCGGGUGGCCUAUGUGCCGCAGCAGCCGUGGAUCAUGAAUGCGACUCUGCGCGAAAAUAUUCUUUUUGGACUUAAGUACGACGAGGUGUUCUACAACCGGGUCAUCGACGCCUGCGCGCUGCGCCCCGAUCUUGCCAUACUGGCCGCAGGUGACAUGACCGAGAUCGGCGAAAAGGGCAUCAACCUGUCGGGUGGCCAAAAGGCACGAGUGUCGCUGGCACGUGCUGUGUACUCGCGAGCGGAUGUGUACAUUCUCGACGACCCGCUCUCAGCUGUCGACGCGCAUGUGGGCAAGCACAUAUUCGCUCACGUGCUGGGCCCGCAGGGUAUGCUCAAGUCACGGUGCAGAAUCCACGUCACGAAUGCUCUCCAGUUUAUCAGCAAGUGUGAUUCUGUGCUGCUGCUGCGCGAUGGGCUUCCAGCAGAGGUCGGCACCAUUUUGGAUUUGAUCGAGCGCCGAGGUCUGGUGUAUGAUUUGAUCCAGCAGUUUGGCAAUGUCGAUCUAUCCACGCCGCCUUCGACUGCUGGCGUCACACCUGUUGGCAGUGUGGUUGAUCUUGAUGCGCCUGUUGGUUUUGACAAUGCACGCAGACGAUCGACAAUGAACUCGCUGCCAUCCGCCAGCAUUGCUCCAGUUCAUCGCCCCGGAGAGUUGGUCUCUAUGGCGGAAAGCAGGAACAUCAGUGACAGCAGCGGCAUUGGGCAGCGCGAUGUGCUAAUUGCUGAAGAGGUCUCUGCCAUUGGCAAAGUUUCAACGUCUGCGUACAUCGACUACUUUCGCAGCUGCACGUGGAAUGGCACAUCCAUGUUUGUGGGGGGCAUGAUCCUGAACCAGGCACUUCUCGUAUUAAGCAACGUUUGGUUGAAGGUCUGGUCGACCGCCAACGAGGAGAGCGAGCGCCGAGGACACGAGCUGUCCGUCAGCAGUAAACAUGGCCCACUCUACUACAUUGUGAUAUAUGGACUAUUUGGCCUGGCCUCUGCCGUAUUCUGUUAUAUUCGGUCUGUCGUUCAAUGGAGUGUGUGCGCUGUGCGCAGCGGCCGUGCUACACAUCAGAAAAUGCUGGAGGCUGUAUUCCACUCGCCAACAAGCUUUUUUGACACGACGCCUCUGGGCCGCAUUCUGCAGCGCUUUUCCAAGGACCAGAACAGCGUCGAUGAGGUCAUUCCGCGAACAGUUGCCCAGUGGUUCCAGAACCUAACAAAUAUUUCUAUGUCACUAGUUGUCAUCGUCUGGUCACUACCGGCAUUUGGCUUAGUUAUGUUGCCAGUCUUUGUGUUUUUCUUCUAUCUGAAGAACUACUUUUUGAUGACCUCGCGCACGCUCAAGCGACUCGACUCUACCACACGCAGCCCCAUCUAUGCGAGUUUCCAAGAGUCUCUUGCUGGCGUCUCCACCAUCCGUGCGUAUGGAAAGUCGGAGAGAUUCAUGACUGAAAACUUGCGCAAGAUUGAGACAAACCAACGAUGCGUCUAUCCAUAUCUGUCACUCAACCGUUGGCUGGCUGUUCGGCUUGAAUUUCUCUCGGCAUUCAUUAUUUUUGCGACUGCGAUGCUGGGUGUUAUCUCGCUAUUGUAUGGUAAGGGCGACGCUGGUCUGGUUGGCUUGUCUGUCACUUACGCCCUGCAGAGUACGCAGCAGAUUAACUGGAUGUUGCGCAUGGAGUGCGAUCUUGAGAACAGCAUGUGUGAUUAUGUGCGAAUCCAAGAGUUUCAAGAGCUGGUCUCCGAGGCUCCCGAGGUUAUCGAGGACAACCGUCCGGCGCAGUCCUGGCCAGAGCAAGGUACGGUUGAGUUCAAAGGAUACUCAGCCAGGUAUCGCGAGGGACUUGACCUGGUACUUCGCGACCUGUCGUUCCGCGUGCUGCCCAAACAGAAGGUCGGCAUUGUGGGCCGUACGGGCGCUGGCAAAUCUUCGCUGACUCUGGCACUGUUCCGGAUCAUUGAAGCCGCAGGUGGCCAGAUUUUGAUUGAUGGCGAGGACAUUGCCCAGUACGGUCUGUAUGAUGUGCGUAGCAAGCUGUCGAUCAUUCCGCAGGACCCUGUGCUGUUUGCUGGCACGGUUCGCGAGAACCUUGAUCCCUUCAACAGCUAUUCAGAUCAGGAGAUCUGGCAUGCACUCGAGCACGCACACCUGGCCGAUGUCGUGCGCUCCAAGGACGAGGCACUCGAAUUUGUAGUCGCGCAGGGCGGCGAGAACUUUAGCGUCGGCCAGCGCCAGCUCAUCUGUCUUGCGCGUGCGCUGCUCAAGCGCGCCAAAGUGCUUGUGCUCGACGAGGCCACGGCGGCAAUUGACAACUCAACCGACUUGAUAAUCCAGGAGUCCAUCCGCAAGGAGUUCAAGGACUGCACCGUGCUGACCAUUGCGCACAGGCUCAACACGAUUAUUGAUAGCGACAUGAUAUUGGUUGUUGAUGGCGGCAGGCUUGCUGAGUACGACACGCCAGGCAACCUGCUGGCUGAUGAGACCAGUCUGUUUGCUAAGCUUGUCGAGGAAUCCCGCAACAACGACUCGCAAUAA